UCGCGAUAUUUACCAAAGAGGUCAAAGUUAACAUUGGCCAUGUGUUUAUGUUGCCGCAUCUACUCCAGCACUCUUUGAAUUAAAUAUACUUAUGUUUCUGAAUUCUGCUAUCCAAAGGCAGAGUUACGUCUUUAAGGUUAGCUCAUAUUUGGUCUACGGAAGUUGUUUGCAUCUGAAUAGUCUGCUCCUCUGCGCGUUAGCUUCCGUAGUUCGGCUGACAUGCCAGUCCCCAUCCUUUAGCUGGAUGAUGGCUUAGCGGGACAUGUUUAAAAUCCGACCGCUGUUGAGUGCCUUAGGUAACACCCGACUGACGUUAGAAAGACACGGUGGCCCUCGCAAAUUGCUUUGCAGAAUGAGUGAAGCACCCAGAGACGAGGAGACGGCCAAGCUGCUGAAAAGAGCCAACGAGGAAAAUGAGGAAUCUGCUGAGAAGGCUACAAAAAAGUUAAAAGCAGAAGGGCAACUUGCUGACGAUGAAAAGAAGUAUCCCAAAAAGAAAGUGGUCCUCCUCGUGGCAUACUCUGGAAAGGGAUACUAUGGCAUGCAGAGAAAUUCAGGAACCUCUCAGUUUAGGACCAUCGAAGAUGAACUUGUCACUGCACUCAUUAAAUCAGGUUGCAUUCCUGAAAACCAUGGCGACGAGAUGAAGAAGAUGUCUUUCCAAAGAUGUGCCAGAACAGACAAGGGUGUGUCUGCUGCUGGCCAAGUGGUGUCCCUAAAGCUGCGGUUGAUUGAAGACACCAUUGAAAAAAUCAACGAGCAUCUGCCACAACAGAUCAGAGUGCUCGGUCUUAAACGUGUGACCCAAGGUUUCAAUUCCAAAAACAACUGUGACGCUCGUACAUACGCCUACAUGCUUCCAACCGUGGCCUUCUCCUCCAAAGACUAUGACACUGCCGCCACAGCAGCUUUUCGCCUGGAGCCAGAGACGCUUCAGAAGGUGAACAGUCUGUUUUCUCUCUACAAAGGCACCCACAACUUCCACAACUUCACUUCUCAGAAGGCUCCAAGUGACCCCAGUGCCCGCCGCUACAUCACAGAGAUGCUUUGCGGAGAGCCGUUUAUGAACAGCGAUAUGCAGUUCGCAGUAAUCACUGUACGAGGCCAGAGCUUUAUGCUGCAUCAAAUACGUAAGAUGAUCGGCCUGGUGAUUGCCGUGGCAAAGGGCUACGCGAAGGAGGAAGUGAUUGAGCGCAGCUGGGGGCAAGAUAAGGUGGACAUUCCCAAAGCUCCAGGACUGGGCCUGGUCCUGGAAAGGGUUCACUUUGACCGGUACAACAAGCGAUUCGGAGGGGACGGGCUGCAUGAGCGGCUGGAUUGGGACCUGGAGGAGGAGGCCAUCAAGUCCUUCAAGGAGGCGCACAUCUACCCCACUAUCGUUCUGACGGAGCGUGAGGAGGGCUCCAUGGUCAGCUGGAUGUCCACACUUCCCAUCCAUGACUUUGAAGCUACAGCCACAGCCACUGAAUCACAAGACGAUAAGGAGCAGAAACAGGACAAUGCGGAUUUAGGCAAUGACUCUGAUUAGGUCCCACUGCAGGCGGAAAGAAGAAAUGUUUUCUGAACAAAAUAUUCUCUUUUGUUGGGAAUUACCUUUGUUUUAUUGAAUCUUCCAAGAUUUUCAGUGAUAUGAUAUUGUUUCUCUUAUAAAAAUACUAUUAAACAAACAAGACAAUAA